UUAACGUAUUUUUUUCCGAAAAAAAGAUCAUCAAUUUCUUUGUUAUUGACGAAUUAUAAAGAAAUACCGUUUAAAUUUUACUAAAAUGAUAAAAUACUUACGUUACACACGUAGUUGUCAUGACAUCCGUGAAUAAUGAAUGUGCAAAAUUUAUGCAUCUUGUACACAAUUUAUAAAGAAAAAUACCGAAAAUAACGGUGUAUUGAUAUAAUUACAUCAUCUUAAUUGUAGCAUAAUGAAUCAUAUAAAUUUAAUUGCUACUACCAUUGGUGUAACAGUUGGUGUCGUAGGUGCAGCUAGCAUUUUUAUUUAUCAUUACAUGUUGAAUAAUCAACAACAUAGUACAGGAAGUACUAGUUUAGAUGCCGCACAUAAAAGGAUUGCUGAAUUGCAAGCAGAAUUGGAAGCAUUAAGGUUACAGCAGAGUCAACAAAAGAAGAAACGAAAAAUUUCACGAAGAUUUGUUUCUAAUGAUAGUACUUACACUGUAACAGAUGAGACCGAUACAGAUGCUUUUUCAACAGCAGAUACAGAAAUUGGAGACGAUGAGUUCUAUGACUGUUCUGAUAGCGAAAGUGUUAUCGCUGAAAACGAGAUAAGGAUCUCAGACGAGUUGAACCACCUGGAUUUAAUACUUAAGGAGGUUGAUGAAGCUGCAAAUGGAGAUUUUGAUAUUGAGACUUACUCUAAAUUACAAACUCUGGUAAACUUACACCAAGACGAUGUAGAGGUAAUAUGGAGGUUUGCAAGGGCUUGUUAUUAUCACGCAGAAGCUACAGCUGAUAAAAGUAUUAGAAGGACGAUACUUCUUGAAGGAAUUGGACAUUGUGAAAGAAUUAUUGAAAUUCCAAAUGCAGAGUUGUUUAAAUGGUAUGCUAUACUCCUAGGAUUAAAUGGAGAUUACUUGGCAACUGCAGACAAAAUAAAAAACGGUGAUCGUUUUAAGAAUUAUAUUAUGAAGGCCAUAGAGAUACAUCCAGAUGACUGUGAAUUGCAUUAUCUCCUUGGUAGAUUUAAAUAUGAGAUAGCCAAUUUAAGUUGGUUUGAAAGAAAGGUGGCAUCAACAUUGUUUUCUGAAAUUCCAAGUGCUUCACACGAUGAAGCACUCGCUUGUUUUGAUACAGCAAUAAGACUGGGAAAAAGAUCUCUGCAAAUUGAUUUGUUUAUCAGCAAAUGUUAUAUCGCUUUAAAACAAUAUUCGCGCGCAGUUAAUUCUUUAAAGGGAAUAUUGGAUCAACCGGUAGUGGCAGCUGGAGAUGAGAAAGUACAUGCGGAAGCAAGUACACUUCUCAACAAAUAUUCAGGAUAUAUUUCAUAGCAAACAAUAGCGUAUUUGUACAUCCGAUCCGUAUUUAAUAAUCAUCAUCCUAUUCUGAUAUAUACAUAUAUAAAAAUAAAAAGCCUAUCCUAUAGAUCAAUAUAAACGAUAACAUUAAAUAUUUCUUAAUGAACAAUUAUAUAGUAUGGGAGGGAGGUAAUAAGAAACAGCAGGUAUUAUGAAUCUUUUAUCUUAAUUGAAGUUUUGUGAAAGAAUGUAUCUUUGUAAAGAUCACAUAGAAACGUGCAUGAUAGCGGUACGAAGUUUCAUAAAUGACUAGGAAUAUGUACUUUGUUAGUACAUCUUAGCAGAUAAUAUUUUGUAUGUGCAUAUACAUUAAUUGAGGCUACUGGGUUCAGUUACUUUUAUAGAAUUUAUUAUUGUUGAUCUUUAUUCUACACAAUUUCUAAGUAAUACAAUAUAUAAAAGAAUACAUUUUUGUAGAAUUAAAUUCCAAUGAAUUUAAAAUAUAAUGUAAAAUACGAAUAAUUUCGGUCUUAAGGUGAAGAUACUCUUUACCUAAUGUACCUGUUAAAAUUGCAAUUAAAAUAUAAUUUUAUUUUGUUGUUAUCUGUACAAUUUAAUUUAAUACGCGAUGAUUUCUGUAAUAGUAAUUAAGAAAUAGAUUCUAUUUUGCUCAAGACAUGCCAACAGGAAAAGACAGGUUUAUAAAACUGCUGAUAGGUGUUUUAUGACUUAGUUAAGUUAUUCCAUUAUUCAUUUCAAUAUAUAUUUCCUUAUAUAUUUUAUAACUUUUAUUAUCAAAACUAAAACUGUAAUUGAAAAGAAAAAUGAAAUACAAG